UCGAGGCGUACACUUUUGCGUGAGGUUUUGUGCAUCAACAAAGUUAAAUCACUCAUUAAACGCUUGCGUUGUACUUACAAUGUUUGCGUUUGUCAUUUGUUUUGCGUGCUCUACAACUAGUACAAAUGAGUCAAGGUGAUGCUGAGAAAAAACAAGAUGAAUCUUCUGAUGCCGUUGAGCAUUCAACGGUGGUCACAAGAGCAACAGAUAGCAGCAGUAGUAACGAUUAUUGGAGCGCAUCCCCUUAUUUCUUAGAAAUAUUGAUUCCCAUUGUUUCAUCGUUUCUUCUUUUGAGACGUCGAGAUUUGUUUGGAAGACUCUUACUGAAUCUUGACAAGAAAUGUUUGUCAGCGUUAUGUCCCUCGUUGAGUAAGCGUGAGCACCUAUUGAAAUGGGCGCAGAGAGGCAUAAUGCCGAGCUGGAUGCCGUGUCCCAUGAACAUUUCAUUAACGCUCGACGACGUCUGGAAGGAUGGCUCAUUGUUAUGCACUCUGAUAAAUUCCGCAGUUCCGGGCGCGUGUCCAAAUCCCCAUCGGCAUCGGAACAAACCGCCGACUCAUGGACAGGCGCUCGCCUACAAAUAUUUCGGACUCGCUCCGAUCUUCACAAACGAAGAUUUCGACCAAGAUCUCAAUGGGAACUUGGAAUUCAUGUUCUUCAUGUACCUCACCCAGCUUCGAACGAAUAUAAGCCAGUUCUCGAGAACAAAUUCAUCGGACAUUAAAUACACGUCAUCCUACAUUGCGAGGGGAAUGGGAUUGGUUACAGGGGAACAAUACAAAAAAUGCGUUUUCUAUUUAUAUCCGAAUGUGACAGAAAACGAUACAGGAGUUCUGGUUACCAUCCAAGGGCCUUAUCACGCAUACGGAUGCAUUACUUUGCCUCCAUUUUACAUCCUUAAAACAUCUUCUGAGGGAAACAGAAAGAAAAGAGUUUUCUACAUAGAAGAAGAUAUAAAAAAACUAAGGGUUGUAAAAACACGGCCUGAAAAACACCUCUUUCGAAGUAUUACAUCCGCGAUAAUUCCGUUCUUGAGAAACGCCCGACGCAAUUCCGUAACAACGAAAAUUCGUAUCGAAGCAAAUAAGGAGCCUGACAGAAUUAAACUCACAUACGUUCCCCAACAUCCGGGCGUGCAUAUCAUGUGCAUAAUAACUGACGGGUGUCACCUACAGGGAUCCCCCUUCAACGUGUCUGUCUCCGAAUGCAACGUUGAAGAGAUCCAAAAGGAAGCCGACGUCGCCAAAACAGAACUCGCUUGCGAUCUCAUCCCACAAAAAUCGAAGCCCUUGAACGAAAUCAAGUGGAUGAAUACUAUGGAAAGUCCUCUGUCAUCGAAUCAUUACUUUAACAAAUCGACAUGUUGUCAAAACGAACCAAAUUUGUUUGAGAAGUACAACAGAAUUAAUUACCAAAGAUUCUGCAAGAAAUUUGAACUUUUUCGUUCCAGUUUUGACGAAAUACAAGAGUUUUCGUUAGAUUCUUUGGAAGACGAAGGAUUCUUCGCCAACAACAAAGUAAAAUUCAUGAAGAGCAAUUCGAUAGCUUUUGAAAGAUUUACUGACUCAAUUAAGAAAGUAAUGAAAAUGGUUAAACACCAUGAAGUCAAUCAUAAUAGUCAUAUGAUAGAAGGAAGAAAAAUUACGAAAGCUAUAUGUGAUAAAACCAACACUUUUAAUGCCCAGGAGCAAGGCAAUGAGAAUGAAAAAAUACGUUAUUUCGAAGAAAAGCAUACAACUAAACGAUUAGGAGAAACUGUAAUGAUCAAAAAUUAUAACGUUGUCUUGGGCAGAAAUCCAAUAACAGAAUUCGCUAUUACUACCCCAAAACGGGUCAAAAAACAAGAAAAUAAUGAUAUAGAACAAAAGUCCAGUAAAAGUAGUAUCGAAAAUGUGGUUAUAACCGGCAAUUUGACAACAGACAUGAAGUCCAAAAAAAGUCCAACUAAUACAUAUAAUGUAACGUAUAACAUGCAAAUCGAAGAAUUGCCCGUUAUAGAUAACAGUAGCGUUUCCGAUAAUGAUGAUGAUAUUCAUUCUCAAAAACGUAAUUUUAAUAAAACAUUCGUUCCAUAUUUAAUAGAAAAAGGAAAAUUAAAAGUAGGUUCAGCUAAGAACGCAAGAAUCGAUAAAGCUGAAAGCAAUUCAUUCUUCACAACAACGGGCACGGAGUUCGAAGACGAUGGAAACACCACAGUUCGUUCCAAGAAAACAAUUACAUCAGAAUCUAAUAAGACGUCUUCCAAUUUUUCAACGGAAUGCGAAGUUGAUAAAACAAAAAACGCAAUAACUGAACAAAGCGGCGUUACGGCGUAUUCGCCAAAAGAAAUCUCAGAGAAUAAAAAUAUGUUUACAAAUGAAAAGAUAAUAAAGAAUAUUACAGACAAAAAUGGCAUUCUUCGAGAGGAAUUUAAUGGAAAAACAUCCGAAGCCAGAAAAAUAUUCGAAGGUGAUUCGUUCAAUUUUAAUAAAAGCCAGCAGCACCCAAACGCCAUUGAAAACUUUAAGGGCAUCGAUAUCUGGAAAAAUCGAGCAGAUGGUGGUAAAAUACACGAAAAGGACGAGAACAUAAACUCUGUUAAAAUGAAAAUUUUUACGUAUGACAAUUCGGUAAACACACAACCGGAAAAUAAAUUGAAAAUCAACCAUCAGGGCGAGAAUAAUGACCACAACAGUGUUACAAAAAGUCCAAAAUUGGGCUCGGUCAAAAACAAAAAGGAAAUUUUUGAUAAUAAAUGCGAAGCAAAACAAAGUCAGAAUACUCCAAAUAAAGAAAGUAAAAAAGAAUACGUUACAAAUCAAGAUUCUCAAAAAUUAAACACCCAAGAUGUAGCUUUAAUUAACGUCAAUUCUCUACGUAAUCGUUUUGAUUCAAGUAUCUACAAUCAGAAAUCUAAUGAACAUCCUGGCAAUAGAGGAAACAUGGGCCUGCCUUUAGAAAAACACGUUAGUGGUGAAAAUAUAGCAAAUAAUUUCCUCGGAUCUUCAGAAACUUCAACACAACACUCGGAAAAUCAUCUAGGCGACAAUGGUUCUGUACUGACAAAGAAUGAAAACUUAGGAAAGAAAGCAGAAAGAAAAACUGAGCCAAAAAAAGAAGAAUCCACACUAACACCAACAACUGAUGAACUUACAAAAGAAAGUACCCAUAACGUAAUCGGAGAAAGUUCUAAAAAGCUUUCUGAUAAUGGAGAUAAUGAAAAUGGAUCCACAAUUAUCGCAGAAAUGAAUCAAAAAGCUGUCCCCGGUUAUAUUAAUUAUGAAUUAAAUCGGAACGAAAGCAUACCUAAUUCGGUAAAUGAAAUACAAUUAAGAGACAAACCAAUUAACUCGCCUAAUAAUAAUUUGGAUUUCCUUUUGGAUAGAGUGAACAGUCUUAUAGGUGACGAAGAACAACAGAAAAAGUACGAAAAUGACACCACAGCACUUUUAUUACAUGAAACAAGUGCAAAAAGUAACCCAGAAAAACUAGAUAAAAAUUUGGAUCAUCUUCUAAAUAAAGUCGACAAUCUAAUAGAUAACAUAGAACAAGAAGAAAGGUCUACAAGAAAGCAAAAAAGCUAUGAAAUGAAUAAUUACAAAAAAACAAUGAAGUUGGAUUUGAAUACUGAUCUCGAUUUUCUCAUGAGCAAAAUUAACAAAUUAAUCGAAGUCACCGAAGAAAAACGUGAUGGUGGUCAAAUAACUAUUACUGAAGAUACGCAAAAUGUUGAUUUUAUUGUAAAAGAACCGGAAGAAUCUUCUGCAAUACUCAAACCAAAAACUACAAAAAAAGAUCUGCAAGAAAAUACAACAGUCAUCAAUGAAAAUCCUGUUGCUGAAAAACGGGUCAUAGCUACAAAUUCGUUAAAUGAUGAAACUAAUAAUAAACUUGGCAAUUCAGAAAAACAUCCUCGUCAUCCAUCUUCCGUAUUAACGAUGAUCCAAAGAUUUGAAAGUCCCAUUACAACAUCCAUAGAAAAAGACGAAUUAGUCAGAGGGAAUACAGAUGGUAAAAGCACACUUAAAUGUAUUUCUUACUUGGAGAAACGAGACAGAUUCAUAGCAAUGGAAAACAUGUCAGGAAAAGGUCAAAAUCGUCAAUUGGUUAGUCCACAAGUAUCUGUACAAGGAACUAUAAGUCAAAGACAAGAAUUGAACGAGGAUGACGAUUUAAAUUUGCCUAUUGCCACUAAAUCCACUAAAGCCGCCAUGAGAACGGUCAAAUCUGAACCAUCAACGCCUUCGCCAAGGACAUUAAUUAACCGAAAGGUAUUCUAUUCAACAAAAUCACAGAGUUAUCCUUCAUAUAGCGAACUACUACCUGAUGAGCCCGUCUGUGAGUUUUUGCAUUUAACACAAAAGGAAAAUCAAAUCCUUCCGGAAAAUCGUAAUAACAGUAAGACUUCAACAAUGUACAUUGUUACAGAAAGAAGAGAAACUAAUAUAAAAAGAAACGUGUAUACACAUUCAUUUCCAAGUCCCACUACAGAAAAAAUACGAGAAAUAAUUGAACCACCUGUAAAAGAACAUUGUGAAAAAGAAAAUGGCAUUGCAAUUGCUAACAAACAAUCCGAGACGGUGCAUCGGCCUGCAAGUUUUUCUUCGAUAAUUAAAAAGGGUCACAGCAUAGAUGAAGAAAUGUUCCCCGACGUGUCUGGCUUUUUGAAAGAAAAUAACCGACAGCACCCUCACGUCGAUUAUCCAAAGGACUUUUCAGUAUCUCGGAGAGUGUCCCGAAUCGAAUCGUUACAAUCCCUUCUCGCUCAGAACAAUGUGUACGUGACAUCCCAAAUCCACCGGAGUCAUCCGAAUAUUUAUUUUGGCGAAAGCCCCAAACGCACGAGAACACAUAAACCCCGGAGAAAAUUGAAAUCUUUCGACGCAAAUCUGUUAACCGUCUCUUCAGGAACCCAAAAUGACACGAACGCAUCCCGAUAUAGCGUGGAUUACGACAACUGCACGAAAUUCCAAAACAGCGAUAUUAUUGAGGAAAAAAUCCCGAUUGCAGCCUACAACGGAGGAGCGGUCGAAGGAACACAUACAAGUCGAAUAAUAAAAUCUUCAAGAACCGAACAAGCCGAACGUAAAUCAGAAAAGGCCGUCAGUAAUUGCCAAAUAAAUCAAGAGGACUUACACGACGGAACACCAUCUACAAGACAGUUGUCACUUAACCAUCCCGAUGGUUUCCCUUCAGUCAAGGAUCUGAGGUCGAAGUUCGAAAAAACUCCGGAACCAACAGUUACCGAGAAUUCAAUCAAAUACUCAAAAAUCAAAGAAAAACCUCGGUCAUUAGAUUCAGAGAAAUAUUCUUGUUUGGAUAGCAGCGAGGAAAGUUCUACUUCCCUAAAGUAUUUCAUUCCCCUCAUAAAUUCCACACAUCCCAACAACGAUAACGACAGGAAAAAUAACACAAUAAAGCCUUUGAAACAUACAAAAAACAUUUUUUCCUCAAUCGAAGUCAACGCUAACAAAAAUCAAUCCGAAUUAGCGUUAACACAAAGGGAGGAUGGGGUGAAAGAAGACCCUCAGCCCCUUGUUUUAAAAAGCACGUCUGAACAUCACUCCGACGGAGGGUGCAAACAAGGUACGACAUCACCCCCACAUCAUAGCUGUAUUAAAGCACCUGAGGCAACCAAUUCCAUCAGAAGUGUUAAGAAAACGCGCCAAGUGGUGGAACAUGAUAAGGGAAAGACGCCUGAAAGGGGUAAUAACGGCGACGCCACAUUUUGUGAAAAAUUAAACGUUACAUCAGAAGAAUUUGAAACCGUUGACGUCAAAAACAUAAUGAAAAAUCAGUUUACUAAGGCGCGCAACUUUUUCAAAGAAUUGGAAAAGAGUCGCCAUAAUUAUUCCCAAAAACGUACGCUUGGCAGCAGAGGAAUCAAGAAGAGAAGAAAAAAUUCAAUUGGAAGUGGUAGUUUUCCUAAAGUUUCAGAGAAAUUCCCCAUACGAAAUAUUUACAAAGACGUUAUCGGAGACAGAAGGGGCUCCUUCAAAGGAGCCCCCAAUCGCGUUGGGGUAGCCAAUUCAAUGGCAUCCGUUCCUGUACGACACAAAUAUUUUAAUCCUGAUAGUGCGGAGAUAUUGCCCAGUUUAGACAUUUUUCAUCGGAGUAGAAGACCAAAAUCCAGAAAAAGUUUAAAAUCUAUUUUCCUUGUUGAUUACUAACCCUAAUUUACUAGAAUUUCAUAUUUUUCUGUCUCUAAACUAUCUAACAAAUAAUUUAUAAUUUAAUUUUUGU